CGGAGCAACAAGUCGCAACCGGUCCGUUUUAUUUCACGUUGCUUGAGCGCACCGUAGCUUUCACAGCUUGAAGCAUAAAGAAGCGAAUUGCUUUCGAUGUUUUGCUGUUUAUAUUCGAUAGUCACAUCUGAAUUCACUCAAGUGACCUUGAUGGAGACAUACAUCAGCCGUGUUUGUUAUGAAAUGACGGACUGGAUUUCUCUUUGAAGAUCAUUAUGACGGGGCUCAUCGAUCAGGGUGAUGACAUCUGCUUGGUGACCCCAAUAGAGCUGAUGGACCCUCAGAAAGAGGACGACCCCCAAUGCCCCACCCACUUCAGACAGAGUCUCAUGCUUCAUCUCAUUGACGAUUUGUCAUAUGAAGACGUUAAGAAAUGCUACAGGGGUUCAACGGUCAGUAAAUACAACUCACAGUAUCACAAACUCUUCUCGGCCGUUCCAAAGGAGGAGAUACUGAUGAAAGUGUAUUCUUGUGCUCUUCUACGGGACAUUUUGCUGCAAGGAAGACUUUACAUCUCUCGAAACUGGCUGUGUUUCUACGCCAACCUUUUCGGCAAAGACAUCAAGGUGGCGAUCCCGGUGGUCUCCGUGCGAUUGGUGAAAAAACACAAAACAGCCGGACUGGUCCCGAACGGACUCGCCAUCACGACCGACACCAGCCAGAAGUAUGUGUUUGUAUCUCUGCUGUCCCGGGACAGUGUGUAUGACGUGUUGAGAAGAAUCUGCACACACUUAGAGGUGAACGGAAAAAAGAGUUUAAGUCUGAAGGAGUUUCUGGAGGAACCGGGUUCUCUCUCUACAGAUGAGUUUCCAGUGGUCACAGAUUUCACGCCCAUAUUGAAAUGGCGGCGGAAACCAUCAACGCCCUCCGUAUCAUCACUGCCGGAUCUGUUGGGGAACUCCACGAGCAGUUUGAGCGCAGGAGACGCUCCGUACAUCGCAGAGACGCCGCUGGAGGAGAGAUGUUUGGAGGCGGAGGAGAUCCUGCUGACUGAACCGGUAGCAGAACUGGGUCACAUGGAGUAUCAUCUCCUGAAGUUCUUCAUACUGCUAAUUAUUUUGCUCAUCAUUUCAUCGUGUUAUCUGGCGUUUCGGGUGUGCAGUCUCGAACAACAACUGUCCUUCCUUAACGCACAGCCUGCGAUGUCUACAAGAGAGAGGUAACCCUGGUUUAAACCUGCCAACUCUGCAAACGUGAUUGCCAUCCAGGAGAGCCGCGUCUGCAGGUUAAAACCAGCUCAAUUACAGGCUCAGCGGUAGCGACGUAGUAUUUAGCUUCAACCAGCAGACGGCGCUUGUGAGCGGCUCUUCCUGCAAUGCUGGACACCUGGAAUACUGACGGUCAACAUAGAGAGAACAAUGAAGAUUCCCAACUUGAGGAAUGUUAGCCGUAGUCACCUGGCUUCACUGAACACAGCUGCGGCUAGGAUAUAUAUCCAGGAUACGGGAAAACAUCGGAAUGGAUUAUGGUUGCAACUGUUUCAUGUUACUUUCAGGAUUCUGAACAUUUGGAAAACCUCUCAAGAUGGCCGGAUACGCUUUAAAUUAGAUUUCUGUGUUUGUUGUUUUUGUGAAGAGCGAACAUUUAUCUUGAGCAACCCUGAAAUGUGGAAAUUUACCACUGCAAAAAAAAAAUUUUUCUCCUUUAUUUUUCUCGUUGUUUUUAGUAAAACACUUAAAACAAGAUAAAUAUACUUAAGAAGCUAAAUUGAGUUUUCUGGGAAUUACGUUUAUAUUCUAACCACACUGGAAUUUUGCAUUUUUAUUAUCGUUUUAAGAUUGUUUCAUUUGUUUUCUUAAAUAUAUUCUUAAUAUAAGAACAAACAAGGAAGAUAAUAAUAAAUUUAAACGUAGUUCAUGAUAUGUUCAAGUCAUAACAUCUUACAGAAUUUAGCUUUUCAAGUAAAUGUAUCUUAUUUUAAUGAUAAACGAGAUUUAUAUAUAUAUAUAUAUAUAUAUUUUAAUUUGAAUUGUUUUUGCAGUGUGUUACACUAGAGAAGUUCUUCGUUUAUAUACAUAAAUGUUUGUUUAUGUAAACUCAGUAGAGAAAUAAUGAGAAAGACAAGGAAUGUUAUGUUUACGGAUGUCCAAUAUGCAUUUCACGAUUAAUAUUAAGGUUAUAUUAAUAAUUCUACACAAUUAAACUCAACGGCGGUUUAUGAUUGGAAGAAGAGUGAAAUGUCAAAGUAAGGUGAGUGUUUUGGAGCGGGACGAAGAGUCGACCAUAGUUGUUAGGGUCACGAUGUGUUACGGUUUUGACGUACGAAUACCUGUCGCAUGACGUUAGUGCAAAAUGUUUGCUUGUAAUCGUACAAACUGUCUGUUUACUUUAUUCGUGACGAAUUAAAAUGCUUUGUAGGGGUUGUUAAGUACUUGAAAUAUUCGCUUGCAUGCAAAACAUGCCAGAAGAUGUUAGAAAUCGACAUGUAAUACUGUGAUCGAAUGGGUUUCCCUGUAAAUGAGAGAUAAAAUAUGUAGUUGUGAUAUUUUGUACAGUUUGAAUGUAAAGACGGUUGACGUGCCACGCUGUAGGAAAUUGAGAUGCUUUUGAACUUUGACACAGAUAGAAAGGUAAAACUAAUAAAUGCAUUUUUACAGA